AAGUCGCACCGAACCGUGCAAUCUCUUCGGGAAACCAACUCCCACACUUCGCGAACCGAGGCUCACAAAAAGUAACAAAGGCACUCCAACACAAACAUCCAACCCAGAAUCCUCGAUACUAGCUAGUAUUUCAACAAACUAUUCUACCAUGGCCCUCAGUCGAUUCAACCGUAACGCUUUCGAUCCUUUCUAUGGAUUCCGAGAAAUGCUCGCUCCGUCUCCCUUCAUGACGAGGGACCCCUUCUUUGAUGACUGCUGGAUGCCGGUGAUUCGAAGCCAGUUUGAUCGAGACUUUAACGACAUGGUCCUCCGUCACUCGUCUCCAGGCUACGAGAUUAACGAGAAUGAUAAAAAGUACGAAAUCUCCAUGGAUCUUCCAGGCGUCAAAGCUUCCGAGAUGACGGCUCAAUUGGAGCAAGACGGCAGGGUGUUGCACGUCCAUGGAGGCCGCAAGGUGGAAAAGGACGGCAAGACGAUGGAGACCAGGUUCGAAAAGCGUUUCACCAUUGGCAGCAACGUGGAUACCUCCAGGCUCUCUGCCAAGCUCUCGAAUGGUGUCUUGACCGUGUCCGCUCCCAAGACGAAACCCGCGGAACCUACCAAGAUUGCCAUUACCGAAGGUUAGGCAAGGCCGGAAGAAGAUCGAGUAGUAGUACAGUAGGACGGCAUCAUCCAAUGGAGCGAGUGGAUCCCGAAAAGGCAACAGCAACCAUGUGAAUGACUGAACAGGUAUGGAACAGAAAUACAGGAAAAGAACGAAAUGAAAGAUUGAACAAAGUGUAGGCCAGCCAGCAUAGAAAGUAACAGUAGCAAGUAGUUUUAGUAAUAAAACCUGCUGCACCUUGUCGAGGGUCAGAAUG